AGUAGGCUGGCCUCUAAACGAAGGCCAGGGCGCCAGCGAAAGGCUCACCGAAAGGGGGAACAUGGAAGGCCGUGGAGACUGGAAACGUGGGAAGGGGGCAGGCUUGUCUAGGCCGGGCAGGCCAGGACCAGGCGGACUCGUUAUGUCUCGUGGCCUCCCCUUGAGCCUGCCGACGAAUUCCUUAAGAGUGCAAGGAGUCCUGAGACCAGCUCUGCAGUGGGUGACGGGUGAGGAACGUCCUGGUGUAAGAGAAGAUGUUUGUGGAAUAAUAGGAUUUGAAUUUUUUGAAAUGAGCAGUCGUAAAUCAAAGAGUAACAACUUAAUACACACAGAGUGCCUUUCACAGGUACAAAGAAUUUUACGUGAAAGAUUCUGUCACCAGAGUUCACAUAGUAGUCUCUUUGGAGUGCAAGUACAGUACAAACACUUAAUUGAGCUGCUAAAAAGAACUGCUAUCCAUGGAGAAAGUAACUCUGUGCUUAUUAUUGGACCUCGAGGAUCAGGAAAGACCACGUUAGUAAAUCAUGCUUUGAAGGAACUCACAGAAAUAGAAGAAGUGAGCAAAAAUGUGUUACAGGUUCAUCUAAAUGGACUGCUGCAGAUAAAUGAUAAAAUUGCCCUGAAGGAAAUUACAAGGCAGUUAAAUCUGGAAAAUGUAGUUGGAGAUAAGGUUUUUGGAAGCUUUGCUGAAAACCUUUCAUUUCUUCUGGAAGCUUUAAAAAAAGGUGACCGGACUAGCAGUUGCCCAGUGAUCUUCGUAUUAGAUGAAUUUGAUCUUUUUGCUCAUCAUAAAAACCAAACACUACUGUAUAAUCUUUUUGACAUUUCUCAGUCUGCACAGACUCCAGUAGCAGUUAUUGGUCUUACAUGUAGAUUGGAUAUUUUGGAACUGUUAGAAAAAAGAGUGAAGUCACGCUUUUCUCACCGGCAGAUACACUUAAUGAAUUCAUUUGGUUUUCCACAGUAUGUUAAAAUAUUUAAAGAACAAUUAUCUCUACCUGCAGAAUUUCCAGACAAGCUUUUUGCUGAGAAGUGGAAUGAGAAUGUUCAGUGUCUCUCAGAAGAUAGAAGUGUGCGAGAAGUACUACAGAAGUACUUCAAUGUCAGCAAAAACCUGCGGUCAUUACACAUGCUAUUGAUGCUUGCCUUAAAUCGAGUAACAGCAUCACACGCAUUUAUGACUGCAGCCGAUCUAAUAGAAGCAAACCAGCUGUGUAGCAUGGACUCUAAAGCAAAUAUUGUACAUGGUCUGUCAGUCUUGGAAAUCUGUCUUAUAAUUGCAAUGAAACAUUUAAAUGACAUCUAUGAAGAAGAGCCCUUUAAUUUUCAAAUGGUCUAUAACGAAUUUCAGAAGUUUGUUCAAAGGAAGGCUCAUUCUGUUUAUAAUUUUGAGAAACCUGUUGUCAUGAAGGCUUUUGAACAUUUACAACAAUUAGAAUUAAUAAAGCCUAUGGAAAGAACUUCAGUAAAUUCACAGAGAGAGUACCAACUGAUGAAACUACUUUUGGAUAAUACUCAAAUUAUGAAUGCUCUACAGAAGUACCCCAACUGUCCUACAGAUGUUAGGCAGUGGGCAACAUCUUCACUAAGCUGGUUAUGAAUAUAACCAGUGACUUCAGUGUUGGCGUUUCAGGCAUACUUCUCCAAAGAACUAAAAGCUAUUGUCCUUUAACAAGAUAUGUUACUACAUUUUCUUAUAUUUAUAAACAUUUUGUAUUUAUGGGAGGCUGUUGCACAUGUAGUAUCUUGACUGUAUCUUGCCUCUGAAUCAGAAGCAGUUAUAUGAUUUAUAGUUCUAGUGAUUGAUUUAGAUUAUGUUCUAAGUAGCAGUUCAAAAGAAUAAAAUGUGACUGUUUUAGAGAUUGGACCAUAUGUUUAUUUAACACUUGUAAAGUAUUUAUGUGGUCCAUUUGAAGAGUUCAUUUCAACCUAGCAGCCAGAUGUUUUUAUAAACCUUAAGCCAAAGCAGUAAAGAAACUAUGAUAAGAAUUGAAGUGUAAUAAGUAAUCUUUUACUUAUUACAGUAGAAUAGUACAGUAGGGGUGCUGCUUUUUUACUUUUUGGUACACAUGCAAAUUUUGAAUUCUAUCGCAGACCUAGGUCUUCUGGUUCGGGAGACUGACUAGCUUAGCCAAAAGAUGGUUCACAUGGAAGAAAAAAGCCAAGGAGUUUACAUUUUUCUUCUAGACUUGUCAAACCAUCUACAUCAGAAUCCCUUGUAGGUUUUUUUUAAAAUGCAGUUUCUUGUGCCUACCUUAGGCCAAAAGAAUCAGAAUUUGCCUUUUUAGCAAGUAUUCUAGAGAUUCCUGGAAAAUUACUCCCAUAAAUAAGUGUUUGGCAGUGUUAGCUGAAUCUGUUUCUAUCAAAAAGUAAAUACCUAAGAAGAAUGUGGAAAUGUCAGUCAAAGCAUUGCCUUGUAAACUCAGUGAUCCAUGAACUAACACAGGUACACGUUUAAAAUGAAAUUUAAUAAGCAUUCAGUGUUAGUGACUUCAUUUGUUUAAGGAUAUUUGGUUACCUACUGUGUGCACAGGAGAAAGCUUACAAAAGAUAAAGUCUCCAUCUUUAUGCAUUCUAUAAUCCAUUUAGCUGUCAGAGGCCCUAUGAUAUUUAGGUAGUGUUAUUUACAAAUUAGAAAAUAACACAGUCGUGGCAGUAUCCAGAAUCACAUGGGUUGGCAAUGACUGACAGACUCUGUAAUUCAACUCAGGUUUGAUUGACACCAGAGCCCUAGCUAUUAAGACUUGAAGUUCAACGAUAGGUUCCUUACCAUAUUUUUUAAAAUAUGCUCUAAGGAACAAUUUAUCUGGCUUUUAAGAAGUGUUGGGUAUAAAGUAGAAUAUAAGAUUUCUGUGCAUAGAGUAGCUCUUCAGUAGUUAAAACCUGUUCUUUUGCAUACAUAGCCUUUCUUUCCCAGCAUAAAAAGCUAAUAAGCCUUCUAGUCUUCAGAUCAGUGUCAUUUUCUUUUCAGCAGUGUCUCAUUAAGGCUAAGGCUUACAUACUGGUUCUGAGCCAGUCUAUGUAUUUUAGUGGAUAUUUUGCCAAAAUACUUUACAUGGUAGCAUCACUAUUAUUACUAGAAGCAAGGAUUUUACACUUGAGCUAUAAAUGUCCCUUUAAAAAAAAUUCUGAACUAUGUUAGGAAAGUACUAUCUGCCUUAAAGGGUAAUGGCCUAAAUGAACUAACUUGAGGACUGCGGGUCUUUAUUAGCUUCAGAUGCCACUUGAGAGCUGAGAGCCCUCAUUUGCUUCCCUGGCUACAGAAGAUCCAUCAACAUUCAGUAUACACAUUAAAAAAUUAAGUAGCAAGACGGUUUUCAUUUUCAGUGAUUGAGGUAAAUAUGAAAGUUAUAAAGCAAAUUAGAAAUAGGUUAUCAUGUCAUACAAGUGAAGUAUAUGCCUACAUUCCAAAGGCGUUUUUGCAGAGGAGGGAUAUUAAUGUUCCCUAAUACAAAGAAACUAAAAUGUAUUUUCAAAAUUUUUGAACACACUUUAUCUCUUAAAUUGCUUGAACUAUCAUCAAUACAAUAAAAACCAAAGCAGAAGAGCCCUGAAAAAACUUUCAAGAAUAAUGCAAACUUACAAGCAUGGAUUAAAGAUAUUUCCUUCAUUUACUAGAGGAAGAAAGACAGUAAAAACAAAAAUUUAUGAAUGCUCUUGGAUCAUCACACUGAAAAGCAGAUGAAAAGGAGUGUUACUUCAGUGCAGUUUUUACUGCUGUGUUCUCCCCAAGUGGCCCACCAAAAACAAUCUUGUUAAAAAAGACCUCUCCGAUUCACAUGCACGCACAUGGCUCGAAUCCAAAAUUGGCCCAAAGUGAAUGGUUCCAAAAUUAACUGUCCACAUUACUGUAUCAUAAUGCUAUGUAUGUUGAAAAUGAUCUAUUAACUUCCUAAAGAAUCUGUUUUGCAGAACACUCUAUGGAAAAUGAUUGUCUUUCUGUAGAGAUUCCAUGCAGAUUCCACCAUGGUUUGCACACCACAGCCUAAGUGCUGCCGUUUCCUUCACCUUUACCCUAAAAAAACCUGAGAAUCCAUUGGUGUAUAUACUGUGACACAAUGCCAACAAGCCUUUGGCAUCCUAAUACUGGCAGGACUGACAUAUAUACUCAGGUGGGAAUGUAAUCUGUUUAGACAACAAAGGAGAGAAAUGCCACAAUUAACAAACCUCCCCUCUUUCUUUCACCUCUAUCUCCAUUCUUGCAAAUCUCAAGGUGUAUGUCUCACUUUAAAUUACAAAGCUACAACUCCCCUCUGUAAGAACAUAUAGCUGAAGAAAAACUGCAUAUGCAAAUCAUAUCAUAUUCAUUUUUUUUAUUUAACUUGGGGAUGGAAUGGGGAUAGCAUACAUUUUAUUUGUACAAUAUUUAACAAUCACUUAUCCAAGGUGGGGUUUAAGGGGAUUUUUUUGUUUGUUUUAGCUUUCUGUUAAAUACUUGCAGAAAAAACAGCAAGUACAGUUUGACAGUAGUACAACAACCUGUGCCCAAAACACUAACAAGAAAUACAGAGUAAAGCUAAAAUAACUGCUUACCCAUAUUUUGAGAGGUAACAAAUAGGAUAUGGGUUGAGACUGCGUAAAAAACAUACUGCUGGUUGAAUAUCUGAGGUAAAUGAUGUUCAGUCAAGAUGCUACUUGUAUUGUUUUGCCCAUAAUUGGUAAAUAAUUUUAUGCACAUUAUACCAAAUGUUCCUAAAAAGUAAGUUUUCAAAAAAGUAAAAAAGAGAAACUCGAAAAUAUCUAUGAUGAAGCAUUCUUUUAAAAAACAGCAAUCAGUUUAUUCCACUGAACUAGCCGGCCAGGAUUUUUCCCUGCCACCUGCAUUUUACUUAAAUGUAGCUGUUAGUGGCGAGGAAAAGGGGCAGAAGAGAUUCUUUUUAAAUUUCAUGAUACAUGAUUCCAUUUUUAAAUUCCAAAGGUGUUGGGUUUUUUUCCUGAUUGUAUUUUCAAAACAUCACCAUGAAAGAUAGUGCAAGUUCAUGGGACCAACAAUUGUGAGGCACAGUCUCUGUUCUGGAAUUCACAAGGUACCUGUAAUAAACAUUCAAACAAGAAUCACAUCACAUGCUAAAAACUUCCUAGCAUCU